CAAAAUGCAAUUAUACAAUGUUGUUGAUUCCUAUAAAUAGGAAGGCGGUGCUGGGGGGAUGUCACUCAGUCACUUCACUUUCAUACGAGGCUUUGAGUAGCGUUUAAUUUCUAAGCUCCCAAGCUAGCACAAGGAAGACAAGACGGAGGCGAGCUACAAAAUCUGAAGAUAUGACUAGCAGAGAAAUAGCAGAGAGGGUGUGCGAAAUAGUCAAGGAGAAGCUUGGUAUAGCUGAUGAAGAAACUAUUAAUUUGGGCACAAACUUUGAUGAAGGCCUAGCAGAUGAAUCAACGAUGUUGGAGAUUCUGGACGCCAUUGAGGAGGAAUUUGACAUUUGCUUUAACGAUGACUGCAAUCUUGAGUACGUUUGCACCAUUAUCCGUAUCGGGACAAUUAUUAACGAUCGGACCUUUGUUUACCAAAAGCAUAAUGACCACCAAAGAAUAUUGCUCGGGGAUAUGAGAUUGGUCAAAGAAAGUUAUUUGAAAAAAAUAGCUGCCAAAACAGCAAAGGCUCAAAGAAACUUGGACAUGAUGAAUGCAGCUUUGGCAAAAAAUUAGAUGAUGAUCGAUGCGAUGGGAAAGAAACUAGUCGUUCAAUUUCUGAAUAAUAUUUUGAGUUGUGAUUGAGUGUUUCAAAAUGUCCACCACCUCUAUGUUGUAUUUCUUUUGAAUAAUUGUAAUGUUUAUGUGAUUCUAUCGUCUCUCACAUUUCUGUGAGUCUUUAAUUUCAAAAAAGUUUGCUUUGCUA